AUGGCCCAAUUUGGUGUAAUCCUCACCACCACGCACGCGAAACUCUUGAGUAUCGAGAUGAAGGAAGACGACGCCUUGCCGACGACGACGACGGCUACAAGUACGGCGACGGGAACAGCUAUGGGGAAUUCGAAGAAGGAUAACUCAGACUCGGUAUUUUUCGGAAGAGGCCGUUACAAGUUCUGGGCGUUUGGUGCAAUUUUGCUUCUGGCUUUAUGGUCCAUGUUCACUGGCACAGUCACUCUCCGGUUAUCCACCGGAGAUCUGAACCAACUAUCCGACGAUCUCCCGAUUCAAAACUAUGAGAACCUCGACGUUCUGGAAAUGGAGGAGAGGGAGAAAGUGGUGAAGCAUAUGUGGGAUAUGUACACAAACAGUCGCCGGAUCAAAUUGCCUAGAUUUUGGCAAGAUGCGUUCGUUGCUGCUUACGAAGAACUCACCAGUGAUGUUCCUGGGGUUAGAGAUGCUGCUAUUGGUGAAAUCGCCAAGAUGUCCGUUCAGUCUAUCCGUCUUGAUCCACCUCCUUCUCGAUCAAUGGUGAUGAUUCUUGAUCUAAACUUAGCAGCGCAAGGGAAUUGGGAAGAAGCUUUAACAGAAUUCUACACAAAGCCAGCAGCAAGUAGCUGA